CACACCAACCUCACUCUGCCUCAGGCAUCAUACAUCUGAUAACUGGCUCCAAGUUGGACUGAGAUUAUAGCAGAAACAUGUUUGUAUCAGUCACAACUCUCAUCACUUUGCUGGGCUUCUGUUCACUGCAUCCUACCUCUGGACAGGACUGUUCAAGCAGGCUGGAAUUGCAAGGAUCCCUGAAGCAGAUCCAGAAGCUUCUCUCAGCUCAUGAAGCCUCCUACUUGCAAAGUCUACGCAACCUAAAGAAGAAAAUCAACCAGCUUCAGAACAGCACAGGGAAACACUCAACAAAAACUGUCAACAGUACCUGCCCAAAGCCAGAUGUGCCUAUCAAUGGGAGGAAACUGGGCAAAUCACACACCGUGGGCCAUGAGGUUCAUUUUUUGUGUGAACCUGGCUAUGAACUGGUGGGAUCAGAGAGCAGAGUCUGUCAGGAAAGUCUAAGCUGGACUGGCCAGCAAGCAAUCUGCAGAGAAAUCAACGAGUGCGCGUCCAUCCCGUGCCUGAAUGGAGGAACGUGCCUGGAUGAAAUCAAUCAGUUUUCUUGCAUCUGUCCCAAAGGCUGGGCUGGAGAAAGCUGCCAAAGCCCUGUGCCAACAUUCUUUGCCACCAUUACAAAUGCUUCUGCCUCCAUUGCUGCUGCUACACUGGCAGCAGACACAGCUGGGCCAUUUGUGGGUCCAUCACGCUGCAGCACAGUGCAGGGGACCACCCACUGUACAUGUGAGCCAGGAUACACCAUAUCCGGCAGAGACAGCACCACGUGCACCGACAUAGAUGAAUGUGAGCUGUUCCACAAUGGGCAGGCUGGUAGACUCUGUUUACACGCUUGUGUUAACACCGCUGGAGGUUACCGCUGCUCUUGUCCUGCUGGAUACAAUGUGACCCGUGAUGGACGCAGCUGUAAAGACAUUGAUGAGUGUGCCAUCAGACAAAACAACUGCAAUAAGGACCAGAUGUGCAUCAACACAUAUGGAGGAUUCCAGUGUGUUCGUGUAGAAUGUCCAAAAAUCCCUCAUGCAUCUUAUGUCAAAACAUCACCCAUGCGCUGUGAACGUAAUCCCUGUCCCGUGGACAACAAGCUUUGCUCUCAGACUCCAAAUUCCUUCUCUUACCAUUACCUGGCAGUCGUAUCCAACCUGUCAGCUCCCCGUGUCAUGUUCCGGGUUUCAGCGUUGCGUCCAAUGGGCGACACGCUUCGCUUCUCCCUGCUGGGUGGAAGGCAAGUUCGCCGCCACUUUGCAGUCCAACGUUCGGAUCGUCUGACAGGUCAGCUGAUGCUCAGCAGCCCAGUGCAGGGCCCUGUCACUCUGGAGGCUGAAGUGGAGAUGAGUGAGCUGGAAAGACGAGUCCAACUGGGGAGGUAUAUCACCAAAGUCACCAUGUUUGUUUCACAGUAUGAGUUCUGAAACAAAAAAGAAUAAGGUCAAACAGAUGGCAGCUUUGAGUCAACUCUGACUACCUUUAAAGUUGUCUGUUGAUCAACCUGUUUCAGCCUUUUUAAAUGGUUACUUAAGUAAGUGUGAACAAGCAUACUGACUUUCAAGUACAAUAUCCAGCCGCUUUUGCACUGCUGCAUGCAUAAGGCAGAAUGCAUAGCUAUAGAAAUGCAAAUGUAUGUUUUGGAGACUUAAUGUGUCUUUUGAAUGGAUUCUGUUAAUCAUAUGCAUCGUGUAUUCCAUGAGAAUUAAAUGAAAAAUUAAUCUACCUCUUU